UAAUUCAAUUCGCGAUGAUUGUACUAAGAAACGUCCGUCAAAACUUAAAACCAACAUUAAUAUGGAGAAGUCAACGUAGAAGUGUAAGUAAAAACGACUGUAAAUAAGUUAGAAAUGGUGUUACUAAUGAUCAUGACGGCUCAAAUACGUAUCAUAAAAGUAAUGAUGUUUUUGUUUGAUUAGCUUUUGGAAACGUUAACUUGCGCACAUAACUUUUCCUGACAUCACACUAAUACAUUGUAAUUGUCGAUUUACCUGAUAUAGUAGGAUGGCUAACAUUCGAUGUCUGCGGAUGCAGCAAUAUAAGGCACACACAACAGUUCCAUGAUGACUCAAAACACAACGGUGGUAUGAACGCGUUUCCGUGCAUUAGCGGUCCAUUUAAAAAACAAUUCAUUCUUCCCUCGUCCUGCAAGUGUCAACACGUCAGACGUCAUCAGAAGUGUACACUUCAUUUGAGGGCUGAGGGUAUAACUAUUUUAAAGAGUUUGAAACGCAGCCCUCGAUUGUCUGAUCCAGAGUCCAUCCGUGGUGGAUGGAGGAGAGUCUGAGCGUCGAAUACGUACGUUAGUGAAACAGAACGGCGGAGAUUUUUUAGUGUCUGCGCUCAGAGUGUACAGGAAACCAACACUCAGCCGAUUUAAAAAAUAAAUAUAGCUACGUGUUGGUUACAUUUGUAGACAAAUUGUUUAUCUAAGAUGGAGAGCCACAGUGGUGACAACAUCCCUGCAUCGAAAUACAGCUCAGUGGAAUAUUACACAACGUUACCCUCCGAGACUACACCAACUGAAGAUGGCGAGCAAGCUGGUGGUACUGAGACGAGACCGAGAAGUGGAACGUCGACGCAAUAUAUUCCAAAAGCGGGGUACCACUUCGACUUUCAGAUACCGAGAAAGAACAAAGAAAAGAGAGCGUUGUUCCAAUAUGUGUCCUCAGAGUCCAGGGAGUUUGAGGACAUCUUGACUAUUCUGUCUUCCAGCUACAUAGAAGCCAGCUCCAACGGGACGUUCACGUACACCAAGCUAAGAAUCGUCCACAGCGAACUGCUGGAGAAGAAUUUUGUAGAGAAAAGGAGGGAGCUGAAGCUGGAUGGGAGGACAGAGAAGGAGCUGGAGGAGACCCACUGUUUCCUGACUGCUGACACCAUCAAGCUACCAUGGAUCUGUGAGAAUGGCCUUCUUGUGGGGCACAGCUGGAUCACAGCUCUGGGUAACCCAGCUAAGGGUGUUUAUUUGUCUAAAUACUCAGACUUACUGCAGGUCAAUCCUUUUAACCCUGGAGUCAUGGGAGAGAUCAUCAUAUUCAAGGUCAUCAAGGGUAAAGUAAAGAGCGUCUAUGAUAACAUGUCUAAAAACCUUUUGGACCCCACACCCAAGUUUGACAGCCAUUUAUCCAAGAAUGCCAGCAUAGUCACAUCUCUCACCUCCUAUAGAGCCUAUGAGCUCACUCAGCAAUACUUCUAUGAGUAUGACUUUGAUGAGCUGAAGGCUCGGCCGAGGCAUGUGUGCCCGUAUGCAGUAGUCUCUUUCCAGUUCAAAGGCAAAGAUGCUCCGUUACAAGCCAAGCCCAUGGCUCCCCUGAGGUCAAACAGCCAAACAUCUGCAGGAAGUAAAGGCAGGAGUAAAUAUACAGUGUGGAGUGGAGAGCUUGUGAAUGAGGGUAGAGCAGUAUCCCAGGUCUCCUUCUGCUCCUUCUCUCCCCCCUUUCUGCCUUUCAAACUGCCAGAGAAGCUGGAGCUGAGUCUGGUGAUGAGUAUGGACCAGGUAACUCAGAUGAUCCCCUCAGCUCUGUUCUCCUGGAACCUGUACGCAGACAGCCACCAAGUGUUGAAGAGUGGGACACACUGCAGUCUGCUGGAGGUGGUGGAUAAGAGCAAGUCAGGAGACUGUCUGGCAGCACUGCUUCAAGGCAUGGAGACACAGAGGCUGGUUCUUGUCCACAUGUUGGCUGACAAAGGAUUCCUGUUCCUCCUGUCUUCAGUUCAGAUGGCCACUCCAACUGAAAGAAGAGAUGGGUUGAAAAAAUGCCUUCAAGCGCUAUUUGUUUUUCAAGAGUCCAGGGAUGUGGCAAAAUACAGUUCAAGGUGUCCAACUACCCAGGAGCCUUUACAACCCAUGCCCCAGCUGAACAGCUUUGUCCCGGCCCUGCAUCACGCCCUGGUCAAGGUGCGCUGCAACCCGCCCGCUGACCUCUCGGCCGGGGUUGAGCGCCAGGCCAGGGACUACCUCAGUGGACUCUACCAUGGAAAGCAACGCCACAUCCCCAUGACUGAAUACGACGCCAAGCUGGAUGACUGGGGGAAGCUGUUCCCGGCUCCCAAACACCACAAACUCAACAUGGAGGGCUACCUGCGCUCCUACAUCUACAACCCCAACCUCUACACCAUGCCUGUGGUCCAAGCCAAGGAGAUGGUAGAGAGUUACUGCACUGUGCCUGAUGACAACAGCCCAGUAAUGGACUGGGAGGGCAGUGGAGCCAGCAGUGACAAGUCAGUGGUAGGGUCAGAGGUAAAUCCUUACGGUGCCACUGCUGCCCAGUCCCCGGGGGUCCAGGUCAACCACUCUCCCUCUCAGUUUCCCACUGACGCCAACACUCAGAAGUUGAAGGAGCUGAUUAACCUGAUACUGUGUCGGAGGAACACAGAGGGGGACGUCUGGAAGAAGGGAGUGCCGCGGGGAGGACGAAAGCAGGGGGCAGGUGGGUUGGACCCCCGAGGACUGAAGAGGAAGACUGCAGAGAGGACUCUGAACUACCGGAAGAAGGCCUUACAGGAAAGAGGCAGAAGGGACAGGAGAAGAGCAGCAGCUGCUGAAAAGGGCCAGAGCCCUUCUUCUCUGUCCUCCGUGAUGCUGCAGAGUGUUGGUCUGAGAGACGUGGACCUGAGGAGAGACCGCUCGGAGGCUGCUUUCAACUUCUCUGAGGGGAGAGGAGGAGGAGGAUGGUCAAGAGAGGGGAUGGAGCAGACUAAAGCUCUGCUGUUUGAUAGGAUGAUCAAGCUGGGCCUGCCGCCCAAUCAGGACAUUGACCUGAGGAAACGACCUCCUGAGGGCCUGCAGGUCAAGGCUGACUACUUGGAGAGCAGACAGCAGGGAGCACAAACAGUCUGGAGGGCUUCAGCCCCAGUUUCAAUGGUGAAAUGCCCAGAAGAUCACAGUCCCAAUAUCAGGGGGAAGAACAGAUGCCAUGGGUCUUCAUCCCCAUCACAGGGCUGAAGUCAAACAAGUACUGCCUGAGCGAGAAGGACAACCCUCAGGACCCACGCUUUGUUCACCAGAUCCCAAUGGCAAACAGCAGCUACCCCCCCCUGUGUCCCGGAACGACAAGAACGAAGCAACAACUCUACGCUAGAGGAGCUCCCACAGCAUAGCCUCAGUACUUCCCUAGAGGUGUCAGAAGAGCACAGCCACUACCCCAGUCCCUGCCCAAGCCCCUGCUCUUGCCCCAGUCCCAUGGAGGAUGAGCAGCAAUUAGCUGAAACCCCCUGUGAC